UUGCAGUGCGGAUAGUAAUAGAAAAUACCAACGAAACAUCUUCUACUAGAUGAGACCAAUGCCCUGUUCAUUACAAAUGCUCCAUAAAGUUAAUUGAGGCUCCUUCGACUGUAUUUAUUGGCUUGAUGUAGAUAGAUAUUCAUUGUUAUGACACCAAUGCAAUCAAGAUAGUGAAGCGAGGUGACGUAUAGAAGCCGUGAUGGCAUCGUUCAGUGCUGAAUUAGGCCUGCUGGGGCAUAGAUGUCGAUCCUGUCUCGAAGGGGAGCGGUGGUGGGCCUCCCAGCCUACGAGGGGUCUCAACUCGCGUCCUUUACGCGACCGGGAUGGGAUCUAAUGUAAAUCUACUUGUUCAUGUAUAUUUGUUUGAGCCACAAUGGCUCUUCAGAUAAGAGCAAAAUGUAUACUUUUAUUGUUUUGCAUACUCGGCGGGCGCGCGGACGAUGAACUAGAAAUUUUCGACGUUUUAUCUGUGGUGCGCGAGGGGGGCCUGCCAGACGGGGUACUGCCCGCGCGCGGCCGCUGCCAGGCCCCCAAUACCCCGUACUCAGACUUCUCCGCCUAUAGCCUCAGCCAGAAUGCCACGCUACACCAGCACGCCGCGGGAAUGUUCUACAACACCUUCCCCGAAGAUUUCUCCGUAUUAGCUGUCCUGAGGCUCCGAAGCACCGAGCAAAGCCCAGUGUUUGUGCUUUACUCCGACGCCGGCGACGACCAGCUGCAGCUCGUAGUGGGCAAGCUGGUCGAGCUGUACUACCAGGACACGCGCGGAGACCCUUCUGAUGACGAAAUGCUCACUUUUAGGGUCAACAUCGCUGAUGGCAGGUGGCACCGCUUAGGUCUUAGCAUAAAAGGCGAUUCGGUGACUUUACUUGUGGACUGCGAUAUUAAGGGAACCCUACUACUGCAGCGCAAACCGGGUAGCACUUUCAACUUAGCAGGUGCUUUGGUAGUCGGCACUCAGGUGUCCGCUGAGCAAUUUUAUGAGGGUGAUAUAGAGCUUCUGCAGUUCACCACCAAACCAGACACAGCCUACGAGAUUUGCACAACAAUUGCUCCUGAUUGUGGCACCUAUGGAAUAGCGCACAGAAUGGAAUCUAACCGAUUUAUCGAUAAUACUGACGAAGAUGUCGAUUUUGACACGAAUGAUGAAAUCAAUAAUAUUUUUGUAGCAGCCACAACACAACCGAACAGAGAUACUAUAAGUUCGGGCACAUAUGGUAGAACAGAAUAUAAUGGAAAUUUUGGACGAAGAUUUUUUAAUGAACCUAACAGAUCUGAAAACCGUUGGGAUCCCAAUUAUACGGAACUUAGUACUUCACGACCGACCAUCCAAUAUCCAAACAUAGGUGUGAUGGGAUCUAACAUUCGUGUAACAGAUACUGACGAAAACAGCAUUUUUGGGAAUUUUCGGGGCGAAGAUGAGCUCUUACCGACCUCUUCUAACAUCUUUGACACAUCGCCUCAGCCUUUAGAAAUAACCACACAAAAGCAGAAAAUAAUUGACGAAGAUAAAUCAGGAACUACUCUCGUCACCACUGAGGCUUCCUACACACCGAUGACAACCACUGAAGAUGAUGACUAUCUUACACAUCCCCCGGAUUAUGGCGACAAUAAUGCAACUGGAUACGACUCGACGUAUUACGAUUACGGAAGCACUGGGCCGUAUUUAGGACCCAGAGGGUACCCGGGUCCACCAGGUCCUCAAGGUCCAAGAGGGCCGAAAGGAGAGCCGGGAAAACCCGGUGCAGAAGGCCAGCAAGGUUUUAUUGGACCACCAGGGCAUGUUUUUGUUGUACCGUUACAACAAUCGAGUAACGAAAAAGGACCUGAUGCACAGUCUGAAGCAUUAGCUCAGAUGUUACAACAACAUAUGGCUGCUAUGCGUGGUGUGGAAGGUCCCAUGGGUCUGACCGGGCCACCAGGACCUGAAGGCGAAACAGGGCCAGAAGGACCCAAAGGAGAACAAGGAGAACAGGGUGAACCGGGACCAUUUGGACCAAGAGGAAUACAAGGCCCGCCAGGAGGCCCAGGACGCCGAGGUCACCCCGGACGUGACGGUGAACGUGGAUCAAUUGGUGCGACAGGGCUUAAAGGCGACCAAGGUUACCCAGGGUUGCCGGGCAUGCCGGGAGACAAGGGGGAGCGGGGCGUGCCGGGACUUCAGGGUGAACCGGGAGCGCCGGGGCCUGACGGAUCGCCUGGAGACGAUGGGCCGCCGGGACCACCAGGAUUGUCUGGGGAACUUGGCCCCAGAGGGUUUAUGGGACCAAGAGGCUUUCCAGGAUUAAUAGGUUAUCCAGGCCUACCCGGCGUUGAAGGCCCGCAAGGUUCUAAAGGUGCAGCUGGGCAACCGGGCCCACCUGGGCCCCAAGGCCACCCGGGGCCAAUGGGGCCUACAGGCUCUCCUGGCCCUCAAGGGCCAAUGGGUGCACCCGGAAUACAGGGACCCCAAGGUAAGCCUGGAAUUUCGGGGCUCCCUGGUCCAGAAGGAUCGCCGGGCACGCCGGGCAACCCUGGACAACAGGGAUCACCAGGAGAAGCAGGACCUCAAGGAUCUCAGGGCAUGCUAGGUUUUCCUGGACCCCGUGGAUUGAAAGGUGAUGAUGGACUUCGAGGCCUACCAGGUGAUAAAGGAGACAAAGGUCUUAGGGGAGUUGAAGGAGAGAAAGGAGACAUGGGUUCGAAAGGUGAUCGAGGAUUUCCUGGUGAAACCGGACCUCCUGGAAUAGAAGGACCAGAAGGUCAAAAGGGCGCAGAAGGCCCCAGGGGUGAAACUGGCCCUUCAGGACCUGCUGGGGAAAAAGGAGCAACUGGACCACAGGGUCCACAAGGAUAUCCUGGUGUUCAAGGUGAAAAGGGAGAUAAAGGGGCAUCGGGCAGACGAGGCAGAAGAGGAGCUAAGGGACCUAUAGGUUUAAUUGGGAUUCCGGGUGAUCGUGGCGAAACUGGCCCAAGGGGGUACAGAGGCCCAAGAGGAAGACGUGGGUCCGAUGGAGCUCCCGGACCGAAAGGUGACACAGGACAACCAGGUCCCCCUGGGUCCACCGGAGAAAGAGGGCCUCAGGGUCUAGAGGGUGUUCGUGGAUUCCCAGGUGCUAUGGGUCCACCAGGACCUGACGGAAAGCCAGGAAUGCCGGGUCCACCAGGAGAACGAGGACCUACGGGAGAUCCUGGUGCAGUUGGACCAUCUGGUCUCCCAGGUGCCUUAGGGCCGCAGGGUCCAGUGGGUGAACCCGGACCACCGGGAACAAUUGGGGCCACAGGGACUCCAGGAUCUCCGGGCGAAGUUGGUGCCCCUGGGGAAAUGGGAAAAGAGGGCCCGCCGGGGCCGCCUGGACCAGAAGGAAAGCCUGGGCCUGUAGGUUCGACAGGACCACCCGGCCAUCAGGGAGAAACAGGCUUACCAGGAGCACCAGGCGCACCUGGAACAAAAGGAGACAUGGGAGCAAUCGGGCCUCCUGGCGCAAGGGGUGAUAAAGGAGAGCAGGGUGAAUCGGGUAAUGAGGGCCCACAAGGACCGCUUGGCCGUGAAGGGCCUCGGGGAUCUCCAGGGCCUGGUGGCCAAAAAGGAGAGAUUGGAGAACCGGGUCCAGUAGGUCCCAUUGGACGAGAUGGUCUACCCGGACCUAGAGGGCUUGCAGGAGCACCAGGACCAAUAGGAACUCCAGGUGAAGACGGUGACAAAGGGGAAUCAGGUCCUCCUGGCGAAAAGGGAUUCAAAGGAGCUGCUGGUGAACCUGGUCCACAAGGAUCACCAGGAAUUCAAGGUCUACGCGGUGAACCUGGACCGGUUGGUCUACCUGGAGAUAAGGGGCCACACGGGGAACCAGGCCCACCUGGGCCACAUGGAGCAGAUGGAGUGAGGGGCCUGCCGGGGCCAGCAGGGCCGACAGGACUACAAGGAGAAAAGGGUCAACAAGGAACUUCGGGGGAUAGAGGAGACGUUGGACCUAUAGGUCAAAGAGGACCCCCCGGACCUAGUGGACCACCAGGUAGACGAGGGCCAAAAGGAUCUCCAGGUGAAGUGGGGCCUCGAGGGGCAGAAGGCCAACACGGGGAAGUAGGCAGCCCUGGCGCACCUGGGCCUCCAGGAGCCAUGGGACCCGAAGGGAAACAGGGACCAAGAGGACCAGCGGGUCCAAGAGGUGACGACGGCCCUCCAGGUCAACAAGGUGAACCGGGUGCUAUUGGCCGUCCUGGUCCAGAAGGUCCUAAAGGUGAUCCAGGAAGCGCAGGCUUACCUGGCGAAAGAGGGGAAACAGGCCCGCAAGGCAUAAAGGGUGAGCCUGGGCCUGAAGGACCCGAAGGCAGCAACGGUCCAUCAGGCACUCCUGGACCGAUAGGCCCUCCUGGAAAGCCUGGAGAAACAGGAAUGCCAGGAAAUCCUGGUACUGAAGGGGCGGCCGGCCUGCAAGGUAGCCCUGGAUUACCAGGUGAAAAGGGUGAUAUGGGCCCUAAGGGUUCUCCCGGGGAACCAGGACUUAUGGGUCUAAUAGGACCACCAGGAGAAGAGGGACAACGUGGAAUUCGAGGACCACCAGGGCCCACUGGCGAUGUCGGUUCACCUGGUGCUGUAGGUUUGCCAGGACCUUUAGGAAAACAAGGACCAGUAGGAAAUCAGGGUCCUAGAGGCGAGAAAGGCGACAGAGGUCCCAAAGGCCACAUUGGUGAUACUGGAAUUGCAGGGUUGAAAGGCGAUCAGGGUGAAACGGGAAAACAAGGCCUUGCUGGACAGCAAGGGCCUAUUGGGCCUAAAGGAGACAUGGGUCCAAUGGGUCCACCAGGGCCAAAAGGUGACACUGGGCCAGCUGGAUUGACAGGGCCUGAAGGCCCGAUUGGUCCGAAAGGUGAUCAAGGUCCAGAAGGAAGGCCCGGCCAGCCAGGCCCACAAGGAACUCCCGGGCCUCCAGGUCCACCCGCGCCUGCUCCACAAAUUCCAGCAGAACUUUUUAGUUCCUACAGAAGAAGAAGAAGCGUCGAUUUAAAUUCUGUGGAAACUGCUACGGAAAAUGAUAUCGAACAAGAUGAAGAAAUAGAAUGGAUGAAAGAGAUCGUGAGUGGCAUAGUGACAGCGCGGACUGCGCUGGAGGCCGCGAAACGACCGCGCGGCUCCAGAGGCAAUCCAGCUUUGACGUGCCGCGACCUCAGGAGCACUCAUGUCAAUCUUACUGAUGGUUACUACUGGAUAGACGCGCGCGGUGGUGGCGCUAGUGGGCGGCCUAUGCGAGUCUACUGCAAAGGACAUAACACCUGCAUCUUUCCCGACAACGCUGAACAAGCUGUGUACAACGCCGACUCGAACUCUCACAAAUUCUCACAGUUUCAUAGUGGAUAUCGAAUAUCCUAUGAAGGAGAAGGUUCCGGCUCGAUACAACUCAGAUUCCUCAGGCUGCUAUCGAAUGGCGCGAGGCAAAAUUUCACGUACACCUGUGUAGAUGUCAAAGCUGUUCAAAGGGCUGAUAUACCGCCGGAGCUUACGAGAUUGAAUAAUUUGAAACUUUUCGGCUACAACUCUGCUGAAAUCAAAGGGACAAAUCUCAUAAGAGAUGAGUGCAAGGAGGGUUCCGGAGCAAUAGUGCUAGAGAUCAAGACGUCUCGGAGCGAGAGGCUGCCGAUAACAGACUUCCAGCCGCUGGCGUUCGCAGACGCCGGCCAUCAGUUCACAUUCACUGCGGGCCCAGUUUGCUUCACAUGAGCCAUCAUUUCUGCCCCGUUUUUAUGACCCCAAAACAUGCCUUAAUAACUGUUUAGGAGUUAAAGUAAAAGACUUUUAUAUAUACACCAUAUAUAAAAGUCGGUUACUUUAACUCCUUGAAUACGAAGAAGUCCCUUAAAUCAAAAGACGAACUUGCAAAGACAACAUAGAUAAGGAUAUAAUGUUAUGUACUUAAUUGACCUUUGUAAAUAUUGUAAAUACAUGUUGUGACGACCAAAA